ACUAUCUUUCUUCUGUCGCCGAUAAGGUCCGUACUGAUACAGACACCUGCUUCAGGCUUGGAACGAUAAGCCCGAACAGCAUUUGAAUGAUGAGUAAAGUGAGUGAGUAUUCGGGUUGACGAAUGCCUUGGCAUGUGUUCCGCGGUCAACCCAAGAGGCUGGGCACUCCGGCGCGGGUUGCCUUUGUGACGCUGUUAUGUGAUUGGCCAAUUGUCUCUCCAUCACCGGCCCAAAGGUCUGUCGCAAUGGCAUGGCUGUCAUCACGCCAUGGCUACUCCAAGCCCCCCCAAGCCUCUUUCGUUAAUAACUCGACAGUCGUGUGGGUGUUCAUGCCCGUCCCAAAACCGCCAGAGCGAUACCAGAGGUGGACAUGGAUCAUCCCUCGCCAUUGAACGCACUAUCCACACGCGGCAAUUGGCUCGUCAUCUUACGGCUUUGCGCAGAUUUCCCCAAGUUCGGCAUCCAGACCCCCUCGAGCGCUUCUCUCUCCCCGAUCCCGACCCCAUGAAUCUUGACGGGAUUCCUCCCGCCUGGCUUACUACUAGACCUUUCUCAUUGGGCUUGGAUUCCCAAGGUCGGUUAGGAGCUCUAGCGCACACUGCCACAGGCGAAGAUUGCUGCUGCCCAGCUCUAGACGACGACAUUGAACAUGGCCCCGGGGGCCACAAUGCAUCACACCCCCCCCCACGCUAUUCAGCACGACUCGCUGGGCCAUUGACGGGCAGCGCAAUACAUUGCAGCAAUUGCACCAUAGAUAAGAGGUUUGAUUUGCUGAAAGGGGGGGACGACUUGAAUAUGAGGUGAUCGCUUGGGCCCAUCGCGACAACGAGAAAGGUUUUCUCUCUUUCAUCGUCUCGUUCGCCACCCCCUUGUCCUUCAACGUCGGGAAGGGGGAGCGAGCAUUGGGAUGGAUCGGGCUUGGGUCCAACACCCAGAUAACCGGGACCGCGGAGGGAAUGUAUAAAGGUUCUUGCAUCUCCGCGGACCGGACCUCGUUUCCGGUACGUGCGCGGUCGUGAUGCUGUUAGUGAAGCUGUAAAAAGGCCUCCAAAAGAUCUCGCUGCUUACGGUGCGACUGACGAACUGGUGGUUAUUAGCUGAAGCGUUUGCAAGACUUGCGCAUCCAGCCAUGGCCUCGAACGGAGUCGGGGGCCCUUUCAAGGAGCCGAGCAAAGAGGUCGACGCGACGCAGGUGCAGGCCUCAACGGACACCUCGGCCUCGUCGCUGCGGGAGCAGGUCGCCCAGCAGUACGGCUCUACGGACGAUCAUAUCUUCUCGGACCCCAGUGUCGCCGACCACUGGCGCAAGGUGUACGAGAAGGCCCAAUACGAGAACCGCCAUCGCUUCGACCCAAGUUAUGAAUGGUCGGCCGAGGACGAGAAGAAGCUGGUCAGAAAGAUCGACAAGAGGAUCAUGGUGUGGGCUUGGGUCAUGUUCUGCGCUCUCGACCUUCACCGACGAAAUAUCAACCGUGCGAUUUCCGACAACAUGCUUCCCGAACUAGGAAUGACCACGAACGACUUCAACUAUGGGCAGACGAUUUUCCUGCUGUCGUUCCUCGCCGCGGAGUUGCCCAGCGGCCUCAUCAGCAAAAAAUUAGGGGCUGAUAGAUGGAUCCCUUCAAUCAUGGUAGGCUGGUCCAUCACGGCCGGCUGUCAGGCGUUUUUGUCGAAUCGCGCUGGGUUCUACGCCGUCAAGGCGAUGCUCGGUCUCUUGAUGGGCGGCUUCAUUCCUGACAUCGUCCUUUGGCUCACGUACUUUUACAAGUCCAAUGAGCUGCCGCUGAGACUGGCGUGGUUCUGGACCGCGCUGAGCACUGUCAACAUUGUGGGAUCCCUGGUGGCUGCCGGUGUGCUCCAGAUGCGAGGCGUGGCGGGAUGGGCUGGAUGGAGAUGGCUCUUCCUCCUCGAGGGAAUCGCGACCCUAAUCAUCGGCAUCUUUUCGUGGGGACUCAUGCCUCCUGGCCCCACGCAGACCAAGAACUGGUUCCGGGGCAAGGAGGGAUGGUUUACCGAGCACGAGGAGCUCAUCAUGGUGAACCGUCUGCUGCGGGACGACCCGAGCAAGGGUGACAUGCAUAAUCGAGAAGCCGUCGGGCCGUCCCUCCUCUUGAAGGCGGUCAAGGACUGGGAGCAGUGGCCUCUGUACCUGAUCGGCCUGACCACGUACAUCCCGCCCUCGCCGCCAAACACGUACCUGUCCUACAUCCUGCGGCGUCUGGGCUUCUCGACGUUCCAGGCGAACCUGCUCGCGAUCCCCUCGCAGUUCCUCUUCGCUGUCAACCUCUUGAUCAUCUCGUGGGUGUCCGGACGCGUCAAGGAGCGGGCCAUCGUGUCGUCCAUCUCGAACUGGUGGAUUUUCCCGUGGCUCGUGGCGCUCGUGGCGCUGCCGUCGUCGGCCAGCACCUGGAUAAGGUACGCAAUGCUGACGGGCCUCCUGAGCUACCCGUACUGCCACGCGAUCCUCGUGGGGUGGAACGCCAAAAACAGCAACGCGGUGCGCACGCGGGCCGUCAGCGCCGCGCUGUACAACAUGUUUGUGCAGGCGGGCAACAUCGCGGCGUCCAACAUCUACCGCGACGACGACCAGCCGCUGUACCGCCGCGGGAACAAGAUCCUGCUGGGUAUUUGCUGCUUCAACAUUGUGCUUUUCUACUUCGUCAAGGCCUUUUACAUCUGGCGCAACAAGGUGCGCGACAGGCGCUGGAACGCCAUGACCAAGGAGCAGCAGGAGGACUACGUCCUCAACACCACCGACGAGGGACAACAGAGGCUGGACUUCCGGUUCUCUCACUAAGACGCCACGAACGAUCUUGGGGUAAACGAGACUCGAGCCUUCCGUGUUGAACGCAGAGGUUGCCUAAACGCCUCAACGCCAACCAGAAGGAUCCAAGCUGCCCUCACUGCUGCUGACUGUUCUUUCUCGCCAUCUCCGAUGCGCAUCGUCGUCGGGCCUCACGGGGAGUAUCAAAUGUAGAAUGAUAAUAGACCAAGUGAUUGUGCACUCAACCCUGGUUUGGAUUGUUGGCUGUGAUGCGUGGGUACUGUUGACGCGAAUGCAUUUC